GUUGCGUGGAUAUUUUCAUUGGUGCGUGUUUUGUUAACUGAAUGAUGGUAUUUGCUCCUUUAAAACGGGUCAUUUUCAUGUAAGCAAAAUGAAGCACAAUUCAAACGUCCCCGCAUUUCUCACAAAGCUUUGGACCCUCGUAGAGGAUUCUGAUACCAAUGAAUUUAUUUGCUGGAGUCAGAAAGGGAACAGUUUCCUCGUAUUGGAUGAACAAAGGUUUGCAAAAGAGAUUCUCCCAAAGUUUUUCAAGCACAAUAACAUGACCAGCUUUGUUCGACAGCUCAACAUGUAUGGUUUUCGCAAGGUGAUGCACAUUGACACAGGUAUAGUGAAACAAGAGCGAGAUGGACCGGUUGAAUUCCAGCAUCCGUACUUCAAACAUGGGCAAGAUGACCUGCUAGAAAACAUCAAGAGAAAGGUGUCCAAUGCACGGCCUGAAGAUGGCAAAAUAAGACAAGAGGAUCUUUCUAAAAUUCUCACAAGUGUUCAGGAUGUCCACGAGCAGCAAGAAAAUAUGGAUGCUAGACUUGCUGCCCUGAAAAGAGAAAAUGAAGCUCUUUGGACGGAGCUUUCAGACCUCAGACAGAAACAUGCCCAACAACAGCAAGUCAUAAAGGAGAUGGUGCAUUUCAUCUUCACGUUGGUUCAGAACAAUCGUAUGUUAAAUUUGAAACGCAAAAGGCCACUUGCUCUGAACAGUAAUGGAAAGAAGUCAAAAUUCAUCCACCAGAUCUUUGAAGAAUCCAUAGACCACAGUAAAUCUGCAGUAAAUGGACUCGAUGGACUGAAGACCAGUUCCGACAUUUCUGAUGAUGUCAUCAUCUGUGAUGUCACUGACGAAGACCCAGAAGUUACAGAUGGCAUAUCUGUAUCAGUUGAUCAAGGAGAUGCUGAAAUCGUGGAAGUCAGUUAUGAAAGCAGCCCAACCACAAAAAUCAACAGCGGAAAGGGCACUAUAAAAAAUUCAGCCACUCAACAAGAACCAGUACCUAAAAGCACCUCUGACUUUUCACCGAUCAGUAGCACCGGUCAAUCAAACAAACCUUCUGGUUUGAGUUUGGAGGAUCCAGUCAACCUGAUGGACUCCAUUCUCUGUGAGAAUGGAGCCAUUUCACAAAACAUCAACCUUCUUGGCAAAGUUGAGCUGAUGGACUAUCUGGACAGUAUCGACUGCAGUCUAGAGGACUUUCAGGCUGUGCUUUAUGGAAAACAAUUCAGCACUGACCCAGAUAUCAUAGCGGAAACUGUCUUGGAAACAAAAGAUGAUAUCAAUAAAGCCAACAAAGGAAAGUCUGAACAUGAUAAUGCAGAUAAGCAGCUGAUCCAGUACACCACAUGCCCUCUGCUGGCCUUCCUGGAUGGAUGCACCCCUCUCGCCCCACCCGCAGAUCCCCCAACUGAAAACCUGAGCCCAGAAGAACCAGCAGAUUUGUUGGACAAGGCCCUGGAGACGGAGAUCCCACGCAGUUCGCUGAUCAGGCUGGAACCCCUCACAGAAGCAGAGGCGAGUGAGUCCACGCUGUUCUACCUGUGCGGACUGAACACUGACCUGCCCAGCGCCGACACGCCAUAGCUGGAUAUAUAAAAGGGAAUAAGCCUGCAAAACGGGACUGGACCUUUUUGAUUUUUUUUUUUUUUUUAGAUCAUCAUUUUGAUGAAUAUAUCUAUUUGCCAGAAUGUUUUUGGUACCAUCCUUCCAUGAGUUUGACAUUCCUUCAUUCCUCCAACAUAAUUCUUUUUACACCGUUCACUAGUUACUGUACUUUCCACCAUCUCUUGCAGGAGAACAGUUAUGUUGCUGGAUAACAUUGCAGCUAUUUUGUGAAAUAUGUGUGUUCCUUUUUUAUAUUUAUGACAAGUUCACUGAGCAAGUUCAGUAAAGAUCAAAGAUUGUUGUGGGAGUCAGUUAUCUUUCAUUAAUAUGGUAUAGAAGUGCCUGUGUGAUGUCCAGAUCUUACUUUAAAUAGCAGUGAAGAAUUUUGCUUAUGGUUACUUCAGUAAUGUUGGCAUUACCAAGAGCUUUUCAUCAUUAUAUUAAGCUUGGCUGUAGCAUUAAAGUACCUUAAAAAUGUCAGCUGGUGUUUAUGAUAUUCACUUUUGACACACAAGCUUGUCAUAAAAACCACCUUUUACAUUGAAGCCUAAUUAAUUUUGCGAUUAAAAACAUGAUCUAUAAUGCCCAGUGUUUCAUUUCAGCUGAAAGCCACCUGUCUGCUUUGUUUUUGGUUUCAAGGAAGCACAAAUCACAGAAAAGCAUUGAUGCAAAUUAACAUCUUGGUUGCCAUGACAAUGUAAUGUCAACAAAACCUAAAAUCCUUAACUGUAAAAAUGACAAUUUAAACAACUUUACAGCUUAAAUAUUACAUAAGUUUUAACAGAGAAUUAAUGUAAGUGCUUUUAUAAAAUUAUAAGCUUCACAUUUCUGCUUUUAAAGCCUCCAAAAAUUAGCCCCAAUCACUUCCAUUGAAAGUGCCUCUCUGUAACCUCCAGUUUUGCCUUUUUUUUUUUUUUAUAAAGAAAAGGGAGGGAUGAGUCUAAAUAAAUUUUUGUGGUAAUCAAUAUUAUGCCACAAAUGCUGUCGAUUGAGCUUAACUUGUAUUGAACCCAGAACAAAGUUUCCUAACAUCAAUUUUUUCCAAAGUAUGCGGUAAUGGAGUGUGAAAACGGAGCAUUUUGAAAACGCUCUCCAUUAUUGCAUUCACUUUGGAAAAUGAUUACGAUAGGAAUCUGAAAACCGGCCCCAAAUAUGUUUUUGUUUGAAAA